CGGCGCAAAAUCAACAUAAACGAAGCAAAAGUAAAACAGUGAUGAACACUUCUGCAUUGAAGUUGAUAAAGUUGGGGAGCGAGUCAGAGAAGAGCAUUUUCCUUUGGACGCGCGAUCAUGGCGCUCUACCACGGAUGUCUGGCGACUUUCGGCGUGCCGUCCUCCGCCCUAAACUUCUCCGGACCUCCGCUCAUCUACUUGUACGGAGGAGACAGCGGCAGCCUCGUGUCGGCCCGCCGAGACCCUCCGCAGAAACCUCCGUACAGUUACAUCGCUCUCAUCGCCAUGGCCAUCAAGAGCGCACCCGAGCAGCGCGCCACGCUUAGCGGCAUUUAUCAAUUCAUCAUGGACCGCUUCCCCUUUUACCACGAUAACAAGCAGGGCUGGCAGAACUCCAUCCGCCACAAUCUCUCUCUUAACGACUGCUUCAUCAAGAUACCCAGGGAGAAGGGGCGACCCGGGAAAGGCAGUUACUGGACGUUGGAUAGCAAGUGCUCCAACAUGUUUGAAAACGGCAACUACCGGCGGAGGAAAAGGAAAGCGAGGAAUCAACAGGAGAUCGCCAAAGGUCCAUCAUUGAAGGACCGUCCGAGCUCAUCUACUUUGGUGGUGGAGAUGACGCUGAGGCAGGACGCGCAGAGGACGGAGACGCAAGCGGAUUCCAAGUUACUUCAGCGUCACAGACAGAAAAAAGCGUGUUAUGCUGUCAAGCCCAACACAAGAAAAAGGGACCCCAGUCACGACAACUCCGCUUCUCUUCUUUCUCGCCUCGCCCUUCCGAAAGCAGAUGUUGCAAGCAGGGACAAACGCACGCCGUUCAGCAUUGAAAGCAUCCUUGCAAAAAAUGAUGGCGACCUCCCGGACCUGAAGCGACGCGACACCGGUGUCGCUCCAAACGUGUUUUUGGACAAUCGACAGCAUCACUUGCACCAAAUAGGAUUUCCCCUUUGCUCUUAUUUGUCUUUUCCAGAUACUAUUCGCGCAAUACAAGCGUGAAUAGUCAAUGUACUAACUAUAUAGUUGACCUCAAGGGCGUAUGUUUGGUCUCAACAUUGGUAGGGACGAUAUUACAGCAUAACCUGCAUGUACACUUUUUGCUGGGGACUGGACAUUUAUAAAACCAAACAGACUGGGUGAACAGGGGGUCAGGGGUACAUAUCUCACCAGUAUGAACCCAAUUUAUUGAUAGGCUAAAUGAUCAAUGCAAAAUAAAUCUGUAUUGACUUACAGUGUAUCAAAAAAGUGAAUACACCCCUGGCAUUUCUGCAGAUAUUUAAGUAUAUAUUUUCAUGGGACAACACGGACAAAAUGACACUUUGACACAAU